AUGCGGCUGACGAGAUUAUUCUACUCGACGUUACUGAUAGGAAUACUGCAGAUCAAUCAUCCUUUUAUGUCAUUUGCUUACUGUGAAAAAUCGGCUCGGCUUAAGUGCAGGAAGGCGAUGCAGCUAACGAUGGCAGAGGACCAAGUCGAGGUAGUGAAGUCAGUCAGUCCCGGUGAUGAGGCGACGAAGCGUGACAACGAUUCAGAUCAGGUGGCGCUGGAAUCCGUCGACCAGGAUCUACAGGGGUCAACACCGGUACAGUCUUACCCACAGCACAUCCCGCCACCCCUCGGGCACGGACCUGGAGGCUUGGGUGGUCCGGUUCUGGCCAAACAUGGUCCUGGUCCGCAACAUGGUCCACUCCCACAUCAUGGACCUCCGAUGCCGCACGGACCGAGCAGAGCAUCCCUGGGUCUUGGGCAACCGUUUGGGCCACCACCACCACCACCGCCGCCGCAGGCUCUUCCAGUGGCCCACGCAUACCACGGACCACCACCUCCUCCACCACCCGGUACCUUGAAGGCCCAGGCCAGCGAGCUGAUCCCGGAGAAGCUGUACGGAGCGCCACCUGCCGGCAACGAACUGUGGUCCUCACCGCUACAGGACAUGCCGAAGAUCGUAUCGCUGGACGUGAAGUGCGAGAAGCAGGGCAUGAAGGUGUUCGUCCAGUUUGACAAGCCAUUCUUUGGCAUCGUCUUCUCGAAGGGGCACUACAGCAACGUGAACUGCGUCCACCUGCCGGCCGGUCUCGGCAAGACGUCCGCAUCCUUCGACAUCGGCAUCCACGAGUGUGGUACCGCCGGCAACACCGACAACGUCCUGUACAACGGCUACUCGGGCACGGACACGAACGCGGGCUCGUACUUCGAGAACAUCAUCGUGCUGCAGUACGACCCACAGGUACAGGAGGUGUGGGAUCAGGCGCGUAAACUCCGCUGCACCUGGCACGAUCAGUACGAGAAGUCGGUGACAUUCCGCCCAUUCCCGGUGGACAUGCUGGACGUGAUCCGGGCGGACUUUGCGGGUGACAAUGUCGGCUGUUGGAUGCAGAUCCAAGUCGGCAAGGGUCCGUGGGCGUCCGAGGUGUCGGGACUUGUCAAAAUCGGCCAGACAAUGACGAUGGUGCUCGCGAUCAAGGACGACGAUAGCAAGUUUGACAUGCUGGUGCGCAACUGCAUGGCACAUGAUGGCAAGCGUGCCCCCAUCCAGCUGGUCGAUCAGCGCGGUUGCGUAACCCGCCCGAAGUUGAUGUCCCGCUUCACCAAGAUCAAGAACUUCGGUGCGUCAGCCUCGGUGCUGUCGUACGCGCACUUCCAGGCAUUCAAGUUCCCCGACUCCAUGGAGGUGCACUUCCAGUGUACGAUUCAGAUCUGCCGCUACCAGUGCCCGGACCAGUGCACCGACCCAGGUGUCCUUGACGUCCAUCACCUCUCGGGUGGACCUGAACACCAGCAGUACGGGCCUCCACCGCCACCGCCACCCGCACAGUCCCUAGACGCGCACGUUUUCGCCUCAAACCGGAAGCGGGAUGAUCGGAGGAUUCGUCGCACGCGUGCCACCGGAACUGAGCAGAAGGAAGACGUCGGAUUGAACCGUGUGAUCCGUGUGGUAUCUCCCGGAGACCUCACCUUCCCAAUUGGACCCGGUACAUCGAACGACACUGACGCGGCUGCCACGAUGGUGUUCUCCGCUCGCGAGGAAGGACUCAUCUGUAUGACGACGCCUGGCUUCACCGUCACCAUCGUAGUGCUGCUGUCGAUUUUGCUCGCUUCGUGCGUCACGUCCGCGUUCCUGUGCGUACGUCUGAAGCCGUUCUCGCUUUCACUCGCCAAGGAGCGGUCGGUGGCAUUCACCAACCCACAUUUGGCUCCACCAGGACCUGCUAGUGUCCUUGCGAGUGGGUCUGGAUCGAUCGCGGGCACGCUUAAACCGGCAAAGGCGGCCAGUACGGCCUCUAAAGCGCGCAUGUUCUACACCUGA